AUGGCUGUAGUAGGAUUUCGUGAGAAGAGGAAGUUGGCACAAAGAGCAGACAUUUUUGUUAGAUUUGAGGCUAAAGAACGAUAUAACAAUAUUAGACAAAUUUUAAAGAAAGAUCCUUCACUGAGAAAUGACGAAGAGAUCCAAAUGAUGGCAAACUCCCAAGAAAUAGUCCAAGAAAUCGAGAAGAGAUCUUGGCGACAAGAGCAAGCCAAGCGUCGAGUUGAAGAGGUGCUAGAUCCUCCAGAUGUAUUGGAUCAAAAAACAACUGAACUUGCCGAAGCGAUUAUUAAGGCAAAAUGUCUUGUUGUUUACACUGGUGCUGGAGUGAGUACGGCAGCUUCGAUCCCUGAUUACAGGGGCCCUGACGGAGUCUGGACUCGUCUUUCACGAGGAGAAAAUAUAGGCUCCUAUAAUCUGACAGAUGCUGAUCCGACGUUAACUCAUAUGAGCAUUAUAAAGCUUUAUCAAGAAGGGCUGGUGAAACAUGUGGUGUCACAGAAUUGUGAUGGCCUGCAUGUCAGAAGUGGUCUUCCACCAGAAGCUUUGUCUGAGAUCCAUGGGAACAUGUUUGUUGAGGUGUGCACAGAAUGUGAAGAGAAGGACAGAACUUACUAUCGUCUAUUUGAUGUGACAGAAAAUACAAGACUGAGGAGGCAUCAAACAAAUCGAUAUUGUUGUGAAUGUGGCUCACAGCUAAGAGAUACCAUAGUUCAUUUCGGUGAAAAGGGUAACCUGCAUUGGCCUUUAAACUGGCAAGGAGCAUUAGAGAAGGCCAAAAUUGCAGAUUGUAUUCUUUGUCUGGGAUCCAGCUUAAAGGUGCUAAAGAGGUACCAUGCUUUAUGGGGGAUGAGUAGAGUGAAGACAAGGAGACCCAGCCUUUAUAUUGUUAACCUACAGUGGACUCCAAAGGACGACCUUGCGGCACUAAAGAUCAGUGGUCGCUGUGAUGAUGUAAUGGAGAGAGUUAUGGCUAAACUUGGACUUGGUAUUCCCGAGUAUAAAAGAUGUAAAGACUCUCUUUUUACUCUCUCAACGCCACUGAGGACCCAUGAAUUGGACACUUUUAGCACCAAAUGCUUAACUGUUACAGUCCAGCAAUGUAACCAGUCCCUUGAAUAUGUCAAAACUGACACUGUGGUAACUGAAGGACUAGAAUGUAAUAACUGUGAGGACAAUAACUCGUCUUGUUGUAAAACUGAGAAAGGUGUUCUCUCAAAUCCUAAACAUCCAGGUUGGUUUGGUAAAGGGUUCGCAAAGGUCAAGAAACCCAGAAAGAAAAGGAGGCUGAGAUGAUGAAUACUCAUUAGCACUUAAUUGUGGAAUCAUGCAGUUAGUAUUUCCACAGAAGAAUUUGGUCUUUCGAGAAAAACCUGUUUCAUUGCGAUGUUUUUUGUCGUCGUCUAAUGAGAAGGCUUCUAAUGUACACAUAUUACAAACAUAACAAGAAUGGAAAAUAUAGCACAGUGGUCAAACAUCUAGACAUAGGCGAGCGUUUUAAUGGCUUUGAGGCUGUCUUAGCAAAGCUGUCUCCUAGGAGAUACGAAAAACCGCACAAGCCAGUAAGUCACAGUGUUUUUUAAACCAAUAAAGCUUAAAACAACAUGAUAAA